AUGUCUUCAGCUUUUCCUAACCAGCCCAGACCUGAUUCCAUCACGCUAUCAUCCCACAUUCACUCAGAAUCAAAGGUGCCAAGUCGAAACCAAGACUCUUUUGAUGUUCCCAAAGUCAACCAGUCAGGUGGGGUAGCGGUUAGUUUAUGGCCAUAUGAGAUGAUGGGGGGAAGCCUCAAGAUGCCGCACAACAGGAAAGUUCUGCGACGAAGCAGCAGCGUCACUGCAGAAUCGACAAGCCUCGAGACGUUUCUCGGGAAGAAGAAAGCCCCAGUCAGUGUGUUAUGUACAGACAUCGCUGAAGCAGGUGGCUCAACAAAAUCGGAAAAAAGAGGAGAACUUCCUCUGGGCAAAACGUUAUCAAAAAGUUAUUCCCAGAGCUCUGUGAAUGUCAGCAGCGUGGGCAGCAAGAGAUCUCCUGUCUUGAACGCCAUCCGGAAGGAGUCCAAGCAGUACAGAACGUUGCCCUUACGAAAGCUGGAUGCCAGCAAUUGGAAGUGCCGCGGCCCCUUUAGUUACUGUUUCCUAGCGAGAGGAAAUGCCGAAGAGGACGAGGAUGAAGAUGAACACAGAGGUGGCGCCCGGCUCUCGUUCCUCUAUCGUCCCGAGAUACAGUGCCAGGUAGCAGAACUGUCCCCUCGGCCUCCUUCCAUUGAAAGUGAGGAGAAUGGGAAGGAGGGCACAAAGACUGGCAGCGAUGCCGAAAGCAGCCCAAGCAGCAAGAGCACUCGCGGAGACCAGGAUGGUCAAACCAAUAGGAAUCUCAGCGACAUGUCCUUCGAUGCACGAAUAGCGAGACUCGGCAUAAUGAAGGAGAAGAAUUAUGCAGUGCCUGAUGGAUUUCUUGCAGCACAAAAAGAUGCCAAUGAGCUCCUCUGUUUGGUCCGAUCGUGUAUGGGGAAGAGGGAGGAUCAUUCAGAAGCAUAUGACCUUAAACUUUCUCAGUAUAAACAACUGUUAUCUGUAGAAUCGAGACAGUUGGGAAGUGCCUGCAGGAAAAUGGCCAUGGCUGAAAAAAGCCCAGAGGAAAUGCUUGUAGCUAUGACUUCCAGCUUUCAAGUACUCUGUUGCUUAACAGAAGCCUGCAUGCGUUUAGUUAAAAUCAUGAACUCUGAAACACAGCAGGAGGAAAUUGUAGCUAAAAUAGAUGAGGUUGUAAUAAACUACAUUUGUCUUCUAAAAGCUGCGGAAGCAGUGUCUGGUAAGACCUCCGGUAACUCUAGCAUUAAACUCUUGGCUCGUAAUUCGACCACCAUGGCCACUAUCGUAAGCACACUAACACGUUCUCUUAAAAUGCUUUUAAAUAAAUAA